AUGAAAGAGCUGAGCCUACAGGCGAAGAGGAGGAAAUGGAGGUUCACCGAUAGGCGAACGGCACGGUGGACCUUAGGUACGAGAGGAAUUGCCCGGCAUUCUCUGGGCUGGGCCUCUAGUGCUUUGGCCUCCAUUGCUCCAUUUCUUGUGGCGCUUGGCUUCCUUGCGGAAGGCAUCGAGUCCAUCUAUUCAUGGGAUGCUACAUCGGUGCCUGGUUUCAGGAUUCUUGGUCUGCUCAAUUCAUCGAUCUACGGUAUCAAUAUUUCAUCUUCACAAGCCCUCUUAUUUUUCAAGCGAGCUAGUGAAGUACCUCUUAGCUUAGGAAAGCGGGCUCUAAGUUUGAAAGUUUCCCAAGGAAGGAAUAUUGAAAAGAGCAGGAGUUUUUCCAGCAAGUUUUUCAUUUCUCAGCCGGUAAAGCUACUUCGUUCCGUUCCUUUCACGGUCCAGUCGACUAACUAG